AUGACCGCGACCGACGCCAACGGUCAGGGUCAGGGCGACGGCCCCCGCCGCCCCGGGGCGACGUCGCUGCCGCCGGGCGGAGCCGGCAUCCUGCCCGUGGUGCCGCCGCCGGGGUCCGACCUGUACAACGAAAACGCGCAGCGCAAAAACGCCGCCACGGCCGCAUCCGCCGCGGGCGUGCGCGCCUUCACCGCCCAGGCCGUCGCCUUCUACUUCCGCGCACCCGUCAAGGCCUUCUUCCGCACGCGCGUCGACUACCUCGCCUACGCGCGCAGCAUCCACCUCGAGCGCCACCCCCCGCAGCCGCCGUCGCAGCAGCAGCAGCAGCGGCAACAACAGGGGGGCGGCGGCGGCGGCGGCGGCGGCCGGCUGCGGCAAGUCUGGGCCUGGCUGCGCGGCACCACGCCCGGGGUGCUAACCAGCGCGAUCCGGCAGCAGGGCUGGUCCGUGGUUCCCGACCACGUGCUGCCGCCGCUCAUGGCCAACGUGGCCGUCGGCGCCGUCCUCUACUCGAGCUACCUGCACAUCCUGGCCCGCCUGCACGAGGAGUCCGGCCGCGGCGCCAGGCGCGUCUACCCGCCCCCGCCGCCGCGGGACACGUUUGCGGCGGGCCUGCUGGCCGGGUCCAUCCAGAGCCUGGACGCCGGCGCCGGCGCCGCCCGCGGCAGGCCCCGCAGCAUGUGGUCCUUCAGCGCCGCCAAGCUGCGCGAGAUCGGCCUGCGCGGCGUCUUUGCCGGCUGGGGCCUGUCGCUGGCCAAGGACAGCGUCGGCAGCGCCGUCUUCUUCAGCACCUUUGAGUACAUCAAGGCGCAGGGCUAUUACAAAUUCGUCAGGUGGUACUACGGCGGCCUGAGCGACGACAUUGUCGACCUGCUUUCGCGGCGCCGGCCGUCGUCGCCGCCGGACGGGAGCCGCCUCUCCACGACCGACGGCAACCCCGAGGACAACAACAACAACAGCAACAACAACAACAACCACCACCACCAACCCACCGUCAUCCGGCCGCACUACGCCAUCGAGCCGGGCUUCCUGCUGCUCGCGGGCGUGGGCGCGUCGGUGGCGCAGCAGCUGGCCGCCUACCCGCUCACGCACCUGCAGCUCGAGCACUUUGACCACCUCGAGGACCUCGACGCCCGCGCCCGCCGGUACCGCUCCGAGCCCCCGUCCCGCCGCCGACGCGGCCGCAUGUGGCGCGCCUACUACCGCGCCUACCGCGAGACCUGGCGCCGGUGCGGGGCCGCCGCCGCCGCCGAGGGCAAGGGGCUGGCCGCCUGGCUCUACCGCGGCUUCUGGUGGAAUACGGUCCGGCAGGUGCCCAGCACCAGCGCCGGCCUCAUCAUCUUCGAGCUCGUCAGGCGCAAGUACGGCCUGGGCGGAGACGAGGUGCGCAUCACCAAGGACGGCUACGAUAUCUUGCUGAAUUGAGUGUGUGUGUGUGGGUGUGUGUGUGUGUGUGUGUGUACUCUGGAUAUCCCCCUCCGCUCCCCUGCUUUUUUCUUGGAGGCGCGGCGUUGCGGGUUAUGCUUUUCUUUUCACUUUCCCUCUCUCCCUCCCAUUUACUCGUAGUUAUUUCUCCACCCUAGCGAUUUCACAUCUCUCCUCUUUUGGUAUCAUUUGUACAUAUCUACCCCUCCGGGCUCAGCGUUAGACUCAAACAGGCCCUCUGUGGCGUUGAUAACAAACAGCCUCCACUACCCGAAAGAAAAAACCAAGUCCUUCUCUUAGAAGAAUCUCACGCCCUUAAAAGCAGGCCGAAUGCGCA